AUGCCUUGGUUGGGAGAAGAGAAACUCAAUUCGAAUUUCACCUUUAAACGUAAUAGUAGCCAUUUAGAAAACGUGGAAAUGAUUAAUGAUGGCGGCCUUACCGCUUUACCUCCAGCUACACCUAACAACGAUUAUGAGAUGAGCAAUAAUAUCUUUCGACACCAUAAUGCAAUUAACAGUCAAGAUACUACAAAAAUAAAUAUUAAAGAUGGCGGCAAAGAUAGACAAAGAAAGACGUCAGCGGAAGAAGACCAAGAAUAUGAAGUUGAAGAGAUUGUAGGGCAUAAAAUGGUUCGUGGCGUUUUCCAUUUUCUUAUGCGUUGGAAAGGUUAUAGUAAAGACGAUGACACCUGGGAGCCAGAGUACGCAUUAAAUUGCCCGAUUAUUCUAGAAAAGUAUAAAAGAAAAUAUCGACUAAAUUUGACUAAGCAUCGUCAAGCACCUUUAAAAAAGCCGAAAUUAAUCGCUCAAACCUUUCAGUCAAAUCUAAAAAAGAUCAGAAUGAAUCGAACAGUCGAUAAAAUUAUAGAUUAUACUGAGGCGAGAAGUGGUCGUAUAUUUCGUGUACGCUGGAAAGGCCUUGCUGCUAAAGAUGAUACUUGGGAAUCGGAAAAUGAUCUUACUUGUGCCUAUGCCAUACAAAAGUUUAUGAAACGCAUAAAGUCGCAAGAAAAAGACCUGAACGAAAAACCCACAAAAAGGAACAAGCUUCAUAUGGAUGAUUGAACGUUUCCCUGAAGAUGGUUUAAUCUACGAAUAAUAUUUUCAAAUUCUUUAUAUAUUUUCAAGCUCUUUGUCUCUUAAAGUUUUCGUGAAAAUAUUUUAAUAAUAUUACCUACAAUUGCAGACAUAUGCAAAACAGCUAAAAUUAAAUUUUUCUUUUCUUUUCUUUUCUUUGCAUAUCCAUAGUUAUUAAACUAACGAAGAAAUCGUUUCUAUAAUAUAUUGCUUAAGCUUAGAUUUUUGAGUUUAAGAAUUCUAUGACAAGAUAGCAAAGUAUUUCAUUGUAUUUAAUUAUGAAUAGAAAAGGAGGAGAUGUUUCAUAAUUUUUUCAUUCAUUUUUUUAGUUUACUUGUAAAUUAUUUACUACGAUAAGAAAAUGAAAGUGAAAUUUCAUAAUUAAAGCAUAUUUCAUUAAACCUAUUAAAAUCAUAAUCAGACUUUAGAAAUCGUGACGAAAAAUUUUUUUAGAAUCAGUUCAAGUCUUAGUUUAUAAAGCUUGGGUAAUGAUUUCUCCUGAAGGGGGCUUUGCUCGCUCCCUCUCUCUUUUACAAUUAUUGUCAACAUCCAGCUGAGGCAGCGUCUAACAGAAUGCCAUAAAUCUUAUCUCUUCUCUUCGGUUUCAUUUUAUUUCAAUUAAUUUCAAACAGCUACACUCUUCUCUUUCACAAUUAAUAAUGAAAAAAUCUCAAUCAAAAUUGUAGCAAUAUGAAAAAUGUAGGAGUCAAGAAUGCAAAAAAAAUAG